AAAAAGAUUAUCAGAGAGGUCGGCGUGGUCGUAAGAUGUCUCAGGUUCUUACUCGACGAUUGAUAAACUUUGAAAGAAUUAUGUGUGGAAAAAUAAAGCCUCUCUAUUGUUCAAAGAUGGUAUAUCUCAGAUUAGAAGGUUUAAACAUCUCAGAUGCAUUUAUCAGUGCAAUUUUGCAUUCAUGUCUGGAUAUACACACUUUCGUUCUUGAUAGAAGUAAGGGUUUCUCUAACAUACCAAUUAUAGAAAUUGCGAGAUAUUGUCCAAAGCUAUUACAUCUGAGUCUUAAUUCAUGUAUAUGCCUUACUAAUCGAUGUAUCACUGAAAUAGCGCGUUCUUGCCCAAAACUUAGAUAUCUUGAGCUUGGUGAUUGCUCGAUUAAUAAUAAAGCUGUUGAGGAAAUAGCCCGCAACUGUGCUAGUUUGAAAUAUCUUAGUUUGGAAGGAUGUAAUGGGAUUAGCGAAGAAGUGGUGAAAAAACUUAAUUCUAAAAUUAAAAUCGAACAUCCAGAUUAUUCCGAUGAUGAAUUUUCAGAUUCUGAUCUACCUCCACUUAUUCCAGAUCCAUUGAGGGUAUUAGAUCCACCGGUAAAGAUAACGCUUCGAGAUACUAUAACAGAUCUUAUUUCUGUAAUUAGAGUAUCAUCAGAAUUGACCGAUUCAGAACGAACUAAUUUAUUAAAUAGUCUUGCUUGA